GCAGCAUCGAGUUGCAAUAGAAUUGAGCAGAGAACUAAAUCUAAUAAACCCUAAUGAUUUACUUGCAUCUCGCGUUAUAGACCUUGCUAAACAGAAGCCACACGACGAUUUCAUCAAAUCUGCCCUAAUGUUUGGUAAAUUCAGAACAGAAUUCUUGUCGAAUCUCCACACAGAAAUCAGCAACGAGCAACCUACGAGAGUAACCGAUAGCAGCGAUACACUCCUCCCCGAGCAACCUAAGAGAGGUGGUCUCGUCACCUCAGGAUCUAAGCAUCAGUUCAAGAAACCAUCAUCCCUGGGUUUAGAUAAACUAGCAGCAGCCAAAAGAGAAGCAGCAAAAGAACAAGAUGGUCCAUCAAAGAAACUGAAAUCUGAUGACGAACCUACGUUUAAGGUACCCUCAAAACCAUCAUCUUCCUCGAUUAGAACGAGAGCACCAGAUACUCCUUCAUCUGGAACUGGUCUUUCAGCAGAAGCUAGUCGCAAAUUGGAUGAAUAUAGGAGAAGAAGGAACCAACCAGCCUACUCAAGCUCAAAUAACGAAUCCUCUGAUGGCUCUUCCAGGAAUCGUUUCGAUGAUUUCAGGAAGAGAUCGAAUAGAUACCAAGAUGAAGAAGAGCGUAGACGCAAAUACGAGAGAGCAAAUUAUACCCCAACCCCCGGAUACAGAGACAGAGGUUGGGAAUCAACACCUAAAGCCAACCGUAGUAGAGGCUGGGAUGCAACGCCUUCUAGGGAUGUUGACGAGGGUGUGGAUGUUAAUGUAGACACGAAAGAAUACGAAGAUGAACAAUUGCGACUAGACAGAGACUGGUAUUCUAUUAUGGGUGAAGAAGGCGGUGUAACAGGAGAUAUGGAGCACAACCCUUUUGCGAUGUAUGAAGAUUUGGAUAAGCAGAAAGAAAGCGAACUCAAGACAAAGCAAAGAAAGAGGAUGUCAGCUAAGCAAAUCCAAUUCAAUGCCGACAAUGAAGCUUGGGAGACUAACAGGAUGGUUCAGUCUGGUAUCGCCUCAAGACCUGAUUUGGAUUUCGAUUUUGAAGAUGAAAAUGAAGCGAAGGUGCAUGUAUUGGUGCAUGAUCUCAAACCACCUUUCUUAGAUGGUAGAAUGGUAUUCACUAAACAACUUGAACCUAUCAAUCCACUCAGAGAUCCUACUUCUGAUUUGGCGGUGUUUGCAAGAAAGGGUAGUGCCUUGGUCCGAGAAAAGCGUGCACAAGCUGAAAGACAGAAGGCUGCUGCUGAGGUUGCCUCGAUAGGUGGAAGUCAACUUGGUAACAUUUUAGGAGUCAAAUCUGAAGACGAUCAAGUCGUUGAUGAAGCUGAAAAAAACAGCGCUCGUGAACUUCAAGAAGGUGAAAAUGCGGGCAAAGGUAAUUCGCAGUUCGCUGGACAUAUGAAAGCACAAAACCAGACGACAUCUUUUGCUAAAUCUAAAACUAUCAAACAACAGCGUCAAUUUCUUCCAUCAUUUGCAUGUAGAGAAGAGCUAAUGAACACGAUAAGAGAGAACCAAAUUACUGUCGUAGUUGGUGAAACGGGUUCAGGUAAGACCACUCAAUUGACACAAUUUUUGGUCGAAGAUGGAUAUGGCAAAGCUGGUAUGAUUGGAUGUACCCAACCACGUAGAGUUGCUGCAAUGAGUGUUGCUAAGAGAGUUUCAGAGGAAACGGAGACUGAAUUGGGUAAACUAGUUGGAUACGCGAUUAGAUUUGAGGAUUGUACCAGCGC